AUGCUGUGCUUAUUCGCGGGAGAUUGGUAUGCCCAGCUGCGAGAACGAGAGGCUGGCUCGGGUGGUGGAGUGUCGAAGGUCCAGUCAAAUGAAGAGGAUGCCAGUGAGGCCAUUAACCCACAGGUUGUGAGAGUGUACUCAGAUAUUGGUAAAUGGCUGAGUACGUAUAAGUCUGGUAAGAUACCCAAGGCUUUCAAGAUCAUCCCGAGCCUCAUCAACUGGGAGGAGGUAUUGUUCAUAACGAAUCCUGUCGAAUGGACUCCUGCUGCUACUCGAGAGGCCACUAAGAUAUUCGUCUCUAGUCUCAGCCCAAAGCAAGCUCAGAGAUACCUUAAUUUGGUACUCCUACCGGCUGUUCGAGAGGACAUAGCGGUAAAUAAGAAACUCAAUUUCCACUACUAUGAGGCCCUCAAGGCGGCCACGUUCAAGCCGGCGGCGUGGUUCAAGGGCAUCUUCCUGCCGCUCAUACUCUGCCCUACUUGCACCAUCAGGGAAGCAGUCAUAGUUUGCAGUGUGUUGGCAAAAUGCUCCUUGCCGGUUCUCCACUCUGCGGCAGCCUUGGUCAGACUGUGUCAACUCACUAGCCUCUCCUGGCCUGGUCCCACUGCGAGUAUUGCUAUAAGGACCAUCAUUAACAAGAAGUGGGUGCUUGGAGAUUCUCGUACAACUAUUGCUUGCUUUAUUAGGUACUCCCUGCCCAAGAGGGCUGUCAGUGCCGUUGUUGAUCAUUAUAAGGGAUUCAUACCAGAUCAAAGGGAAAUGCCUGUUCUAUGGCAUCAGUCGCUUCUAGCUUUUGUGCAGAGGUACAAGCACGAGCUGUCACAGUCGGAGAUUCGAACGCUGAAGGCUGUCAUGAAGGCGCAUCCGCACAAGGAGGUAUCAUCUAUGAUUAUUCUCAUCGUAGAAUUGAGAUUGGCUGAUUUCUCUUCGCAGAUAACGAUUGAGAUUCGGCGCGAGCUCGCAGCCGCUGAGGAUGGGAAGAUGCUCUACGGAUCAGCCCCAGCUGGAGGUGCAUCAAAUGACCCUUUCCCAUCGCUGAGGCAGUUCACUGCUUCCGCUGCAAUGGAUCUCAGCUGA